CAGGAACUUACGCUGGUGCUAUCAGGACUGUUCACUUGAUACGGACACUGCAACUUUUCUCCAGUCAUGAUCCGGGUCUCUCUGCCCGUGUUUGUGUUGCUGCUGUUUUUGGCUGCUCUGGUAAAAGCUGUCUGGAUUCCCCCGAGGAAACCACUGCAGGAAAAUGUCGACUACACAGAUCUGGAAUCUGUUGCCAGGAUUUAUUCAGAUCACGAUAAUGGCAGAGGGAAUGUUCUCUACUCUCUAGAAGGCGUUGGUGCAAACAAGGAACCCUUCAAUGUGUUUGUAGUUGAUCCUAUAACUGGAAUGAUUCGUGUGACCCAAAUACUUGACAGGGAGGAGAUCUCUAUGUACAAUCUGUCAGGAGUUGCUCGGUACCAAGACGGCAGUCUGGCAGAGGAGAACAUCGAAAUACGAUUCAAGGUUGUUGAUGAGAACGACAACCCUCCAGUCUUUGCACUCAUCGAGCCCGGGGAGGUGGAUGAGAACAGUCCUGCAGGGACUCCAGUCAUGAAAGUAACUGCGUCUGAUGCUGAUGAACCAGGGAACGAGAACUCUCAGAUCGCUUAUUCCAUCGUAAAUCAGAAUCCGCCUGGUGACAUGUUCUACAUGGGCAAGGAUGGAACCAUCUAUGUCAAAAAUUCUGGUCUAGACAGAGAGACUGCAGAUCAGUACACUCUGACGGUGAAAGGUCAAGACUUAAAUGGCAAACCAGGGGGAAAUGCUGCAACCUCCACUGUUACCAUUAAGAUCCGAGAUGUGAAUGACAACCGUCCCACUCUGGAAAAAGAGCAGUAUGAGGGCAGCAUUGAGGAGAACAAAGACAGUGUGGAGGUGAUGAGAUUUAAAGCAAACGACCUGGACUUGAAGGGUACAGACAACUGGGAAGCUGUGUAUGACAUUGUCAAAGGCAACGAGGCGGGGUACUUCAGCAUUAAAACAGACCCCAAUACCAACGAGGGCAUCCUAAUGCUUGACAAGGCUGUGAAUUAUGAAGAUGUGAAGAACAUUGACCUAGGAAUAGCUGUGAGAAACAAGGCUCAAUCGUAUAAUGGAUCUGGGGGUGGAGCAGGCGGUGGAGCAGGUGGUGGAGCAGGCGGUGGAGCAGGUGGGGGAGGGGGAGGAGGGGGUGGAGGCGGCGGAGGCGGCGGAGGCGGCGGAGGGGGAGCAUGGGGAUCAACAUGGAAAACCUAUCCAAUCAAAAUCCACGUGAAGAAUCAGCCUGAGGGUCCCAGUUUUGCCCCCAAGGUCAAAGCUAUUCCCAUCUCAGAGGGAGGCUCCAUCAACAUUAAUGAAGUUAUUGCCACAUACGCUGCAAUAGAUGAAGACACUGGGAAACCAGCUGAGAAUGUCAGGUAUGCCAAGGGCUCAGACCCUGGCAACUGGCUGACCAUCGAUCCAGAGACGGCUGAGAUCAAACUUAACAAGAUGCCUGACAGAGAGUCUGAAUUCCUGGUCAAUGGGACAUAUAUUGCCAAAGUACUGUGCAUUUCCGAAGACGAACCUGAUAAAACAGUCACCGGCACCAUAGCCAUCCAGGUGGAAGAUUUUAAUGACCACUGCCCCACACUGACCAGUGACAUCCAGACCAUGUGUACCACGGAUGAUUCUGUUAUUGUGAAUGCUAAAGAUGAAGAUUCAUUCCCUAACGGACCUCCUUUUGAGUUUGAAAUUGUCCCAGAGGGCACUGAGGGCAAAUGGCAAGUGGAGCAUCUGAAUGACACUGCUGCUAUCCUGAGGGCCCAGGAGUCCAUGUGGCCUGGUUCCUAUGAGGUGAAAUUUGUGGUGAAGGAUGAGCAGGGCCAUGCCUGUCCAGAACCACAGACAGUGAAGGUCCAAGUUUGUACCUGUGAGGAUGGAGUUCUGUGUGGAAAACGAGGCUCCAACGGCCAGUCCAGCAAAGAAGCAGAGUUUGGACCUGCAGGCAUUGGACUGCUAUUCCUGGGCCUGCUGCUCUUACUUCUCAUUCCUCUGUUGCUGCUCUUCUGCCAAUGUGGGGGGGCUGCGGGUCUGCCAGGGGGCUUUGCUGAGAUGCCUUUCGACACCAAAUCACACCUCAUUAACUACCGUACUGAGGGCCAGGGAGAGAACACGGAGGUGCCACUACUGAACAUGCCAACUCAACAGGAUGGAGAUAUGAUCAAAAUGGAUAUGGGCACAGUAAAAAAUGUUUCAGCAAUGGCGCCAAUGGCAGGGUUGGAUUUCCAGAAAUCUGUCACUUCCAUGGAUGGGAUGAAUGGGGCCAUCUAUACAGAUGGUCUUUCGAGUGGCCACAGAGAAGGAACAUGGGGGAUGAUGAACGCGGCAAGUGGCAGUGGCCUCUACUCUGGGUUUGAGGCCAGAGAAUCAAGAGUAGGUGGAGGACUUUAUGACGGAAUGGCUCUGCCAGACCAUUUCCUGGGACAGUACUAUUCUCAGAAAGUGUCCAGUGGAAGCGAGAACCUUGCAGUGAAGGAUGAUCUUUUGGUUUAUGACUACGAAGGCCAGGGCUCCUCUGCUGGCUCAGUGGGCUGCUGCAGCCUCCUGGAGUGUGACAAUGACCUGCAGUUCCUCGAUGACCUUGGGCCAAAGUUCAAGACCCUGGCUGAGGUAUGUGGAGGCAAGAAGAUCCCAACUGAAGUAACACAUGCAUUCACUCCUCCACCAGCUGCAUUAGUCAACACUCAGAGCUCAGUAUCAAGUGUGGUGACUGCCCAACAGCUGCCCCCUCCACCCCAGCUGCAGCCGACUGUGCCCAAAACAGAGCAGACUGUGGUCAGGGAGACAUCCGGGCAUUCUCAGAUGGUGAAGGAAAGCACGGCCACAGUAAGACAAGGGACGACCAAAGUGAAGAAAGGAAUAACAAAUCAAGGCCAGAUGCUUCUGCUACAACAGCAGCAGCCUGUCUACUACACCACCACCCCUGUGCUGCAGCCGAUGCCCUAUGUAGUCCAGCCACAGGUUCAGAACACCGUGCUGCUAGCUGAGGCACCAGCCACCAACCUGCAGGGCAUGGUACUGGUUAACAGCACCCAGACUGGGCCUGCCCAAGGUGUGGUCGUACAGGGACAGACUGUGGUGUCCAGUGGACAAGCACAGGGCCCUGGCAUGAUGCUGGUGGAGAGGAGUGGGCUCCAGGGGGCUGGUGCCAAUAUGAUCCACACUGGCAACCUACCUGGCUCCCAUGCCAUGAUGGUCGUGGAGGGCAAGGUACCUGCAGGGUCAAUGAAAGUGCUGAAAGGAAGCCAGACCUGCUUCGUGCCAGGGGCCACUCUACAGCCUGGAGGGCUUUCAGGAUCUCAGAGUGUCCUGGUGGUCGGAGGGCCAAUAGACAACGGAGGGCAGCUGGUGCAGGAGGCAGGAGGCCUGUCCCAGAUGAGUGAUAUCUCUGGAUCUCAAAGAGUCCUCUACAACAACGGCAACACAUCCACUGGCUCUCAGAGCAUCGUAUUGGGUUCAUCUACCACCACGGUGAGCACAGCCCCCACACAACAGAAGGCUGUGAUGUAAGACAAAUUCAGUGAAUUGUGAUGUUGGAAACGACAUUAUUUAACGCAGUUCAAACUUCUGGUGAGGCAACCUGUCAAGAAUAUUUAUGAGAGACACCCUGCAUGCCCAUGUCAGUUUAAUGCUGGAGGGUGUGCUGCAGCUGUUUGAUAAAUAAUGAAACUACAUGUACGUGCAUGUUCAUCCGACAGAUUCUAUUUGACACCAGAGUGCAUGUUAACAACUUUUAUGUAGGAUAAAAAAAGACCAUGAUAGUUGAUAUAUAUCUAUGUAUUUGUAGUUUUCUGAAAAAAAAAAAAAAAUUCCAACCAGACUUUGGAUUCAAACACAUUGCUGCCCCCCAUUGCUGGCUCAGUCCACUCCAGCAACAAGAUACCUAUUUUGCAUUAUUAUCAGUUGAAAAUUUUUGUUUGUCCAAUACUUUGGUUUAUGCCAAAUGUCUGCAAAACUAAUGGCAUUCCCAUCAGCUUCAGCUCUACAUUGUGCUUGGUUCUAAUUAGCAAAUGUUAGCAUGCUAACAUAGUGAACUAAGAUAGUGGACAUACUAAACACCUGCUAAAUCUCACCAUUGUUAGAUGUAAACGUUAUUUCGGCGAGGGACUGGUUGUCACCACAGCUACUGGCUGGUGAUGUCGUUGUUCUGUCUUUGAAUCGACGGAAGCAACCCUUCUACUCAGCUACCUGCUUGUGCCAUACACAGGCUACAAUCCAGCUACUAUAAUCUCAUGUAGCUAUACUAUGUCUUAAAAUAGAAGAAAUUGUUCGUAGGAUGAGAUUAUACAUGUUUGGGUAACCUAAGGGUUUGCCCUUUUAAAACAAUAAAGAGCAGCAAAAGCUGUUGGCUGUCUGAAAGCACCCUUAGUCUUGUUCUUCAUGUAAACUUGUUUUACAUGCAACAUGCACAAUAUUUUUUACUAAAUUGCUUUAGAAAUAGAAAAUAUAUACGUCGGCUAUCUGAAUAACAACUCAAGGUCAAUCUUGUAUUACAAGAUUCCUGUCAACAUGAUCAGUUGUGUUUAUUUUGUAUUUCAUUUUUUUUGCUGAUAUCAGGAUCUUGAAUAGUAUUUCAUAAGAUUGUACAUUAUGUGUGUUUGUGAAAGGCAUGGGAUGAGCAAGGCAGGUGGAGUGAAUGGUGCGCCUACCAUGGGUGGGUUUCUGUGGGUUAUAGAGGGGCAAGCUUUGUGGUUAUGUUCAGAGCCUCUGUUGUAUUAUAACGACUAAACAUCCUGUGUACAACCUUGGGACCAAUAAGCAGCCUAUGACUUACAGAGGUGUCUGUCUUAAGCAACAAACUGUACAGAAACUGUUGGUGUGUUUAAUUGUAUUUUCCUUUAUGUGAGCAAAAGUUUUCGUUUGAUAUUUAAGUGCUGUGUGUCAGGGUUCAGUCACUGUACUGAAGAUGGUUUCUAGACAGAAACAUAUGACUUUCUUGGGGCGAUCCAAAGAAAAGACAAACAUGUAAACAUCAAUUUCUGCUCAUUUGCACUUUGGUUUCUUGUGACCCGGCUUGAUCUUAACAUGUUUAAUUUACAUUUAAGGAUUUUUUUUAAUGUCUCAUGAUUUGCUUGUUGCUCUUAAAUGAACUACAGUAAAAGUUUCAUGUUGGACAAAAUCUUUUUUUACCAGUCACUGUCACAGUGUCAUGAGUUGUGCUAUUUAAUUCCAAAUUACUCUAUGUUCACACCGAUUUAAACUCUGAACCUUCAA